CGCACCGGCGGAAGUGCGUCACAGGCACUUCCGGCGUGCGGAGCCCUCCAAGAUGGCGGCGCUGGCGUUGAGAUGCGCCGGGCAGCGCCGGUUGCUGGCUCGGCUCAGCCCCAGCUUCUCCGUGCCACACGUUGUCCCAAUGGCAACGACGGCCAAGGAGGAGAUGAGCCGCUUCUGGGAGAAGAACACCAAGUCCAACCGGCCCCUGUCCCCUCACGUCAGCAUUUACAAGUGGUCCCUACCCAUGGCGAUGUCCAUCACGCACCGCGGCACCGGCGUUGCGCUCAGCUUAGGGGUCUCCCUCUUCGGGCUGGCCGCGCUGGUGCUGCCGCAGCCCUUCCCGCACUACCUGGCCAUGGUGAAGUCGCUCAGCCUGGGCCCUGCUCUCAUCUACUCGGCUAAAUUUGCCCUGGCUUUUCCCUUCUCCUACCACACCUGGAAUGGGAUCCGGCACCUGGCCUGGGACAUGGGGAAAGGCUUCAAGAUCCCGCAGGUGAACCAGUCCGGGGUGCUGGUGCUCAUCCUGACCCUGCUGUCCUCUGCAGGCCUGGCGGCCAUGUGAAGGCCUCCUCUGCCUUGCUCCAUCCUGAACCCCCUCAGGAGCUGCAGGAGAAGGGGGGGAUCAGGC